AUAAAAUUUUACGCAAAUUACACUUACAUACAUAUAUAUGUACAAGUAUUAUAUAUAUUUAUAUAUAUAUAUAUGUCUGUAGUAUGUAUGUAUCUCUAGUACUACGUUAAUCAGCAUGCUAUGUAUUUGUAUACCGAAAGUAAACAACAUAAUUUUUAGCAACCAAAUAAACUUAGCGGAAUAAGAGCGGAAGAUAAGUUGCAAACUGAAACAGUUGAAUUGCAAAGUUUGCCUGCCGCCUGGCAAAUUGUAAACUCAAAGCAAAAAUAGCCUGACUUGGGCCGGCUUUGUUUAGUCGACUAGUGGCAGUGUUAGCGGGAAGAUGAAGUCAAGUUUAAAGCUCAGACACGCAGGCGUGAUUUUGCUGGCAUUGAAUUGCGCCUUACUUUGCUCAGCGCAAGGCGGCAAUGGUGGCGCCGGCGGCUGGGGUGGCGCGGCAGGCUCGCCUGGAGCACCAGGUGCACCGGGAAGCAGUGACUUUGGCUACGGCUAUGCUGGUGUAGACAGUCGUGGUCAUGCGUAUGGCGGCGCUGGUGGUAAUGGCGGCUAUUAUGUUGGCGGCGUGGACGACCAAGGCAGACGCUUCUCGUACAAUGGUGGCGCGGGUGGUAUGCCAGGCAUGCCGGGCGCGCCAGGUGGUUAUCCAGGUGCACCAGGCGCACCGAUUGGACCCGUUGGACCAGGCAACUAUCCUAGCUACUAUGAUCAACGCUAUCGAUCGUCAGCUAAUGCUAAGUUUGCGCAGGCGCACUGGUUGUGGCUGCUAAUGCCGUUGGUUGUGCUUUCGCGAGUUUUGUGAAAUGAGUAGACAUUUUUGUAGAUACAAUCUUUGUUAAAUUUUAGUUGUAUUAUUUUUAUUACGUUCAUUUUCCUUUUCAAAACUCGCAUAACGCACUAGUUUUUAAUUAAAUAACUAAACUUGUCUCUAAAAUUAGUCACCGUAUUUUAUGUUUGUUGUUUUUGUUUUUGUAAUCUAAAAUAGAAACAAUAAAAUAUAUUUAAUUGCACUGUAAACCA